CCGCGCCUGCGCGAAGGCGUCACUUCCGGCCGGGGCCUCCCAGCUGGAAGAGGCGGCGGCGGCCGAGCGGGCGCGACGCCCCGGGACCGGCAGCGGCGUGCUGGGACCAGACGCCCCCGCCAUGACCAGCUCCCCCGUCUCCAGGGUGGUCUACAACGGCAAGAGGAACAGCAGCCCCCGCUCGCCCCCCGGCAGUGAGAUUUUCACGCCCGCCCACGAGGAGAAUGUGCGCUUCAUCUACGAAGCCUGGCAGGGCGUGGAGCGGGAGCUGCGCAGCCAGCUGGGGGGCGGCGAGCGGGGCCUGGUGGAGGAGUACGUGGAGAAGGUCCCCAACCCCAGCCUCAAGACCUUCAAGCCCAUCGACCUGAGUGACCUGAAGCGCAGGAACACGCAGGACGCCAAGAAGUGCUGAGGUGUCCGAGGGCCCCAGCCGGCAUGGCCGAGGCGCCCCCCCGCGGCUGGGCUUCUCCAGCCAGCCCACCUCCGCGGCCCGGCCCGCCCCCGCCACCCCCGGGCCUUGACCCUGACUCCUGACCCCUCCGCUGACCCCUGCCCCACUUGCAGCAGCAGGAAGGGACCAGGGUCUCCUCUCCCGGCCUGGGACUCAGCGGGGCGGCCUGGAGGUGGGUGCGGGCGGCCCCCCUGCACCCGAGUGGAGUCCCGCACCUCUGCUUCUCUGGACACACGGGGAGCACUGGCCUCCCUGACUGUCCAGCUGGCCCCUCCCUCCCUCGCACCGCCCUCCGGCGCCCCCGGCCUGGCCCCGUGGCCCGUGGCCCCCCGCCUGGUGCUGGGAGGCUGCCCGGGUGCCUUGUCGCCGCCCCUCGGGGGCGCGGGGCCCUGAAUAAAGGCAGGUGGAACCAGC